ACAAGAUUCAGACUACUAUGUUGUGCAUACUAUCUCCAAGAUGAAAGUAAGCGUAACAGAAUGUGGUGUUGGAAUAGUAGUAAUUGUACUAGUCGUGUGGUAUGGGUGGAGAUUUGUGAAUUGGGUUUGGUUGAGACCAAAAAAGAUGGAGAAGUAUCUAAGAGAGCAAGGGCUGAAGGGAAGCUCCUACAAGUUUUUUUUUGGAGACAUGAAAGAGAUGGUGAAGAUGGCAAAGGAGGCCAAAAAAUCUGGACCCAUGAUCAAUCUUACGAACGAUAUAGUUACUCGGAUCCAACCUUUUAUUCAUAAAACCGUCAGUACUUACGGCAAGAAUUGUGCCUUCACAUGGUUGGGGCCGAGACCCUGUGUGCAUAUCACCGAAUCGACUAUGAUAAAGGAGAUAUUAGCUAAUUACAAUAAAUUUCCGAAGCAGACCGGAGGACAUCCAUUUAAAAAGUUUCUUGUUAAAGGUAUAGUAGCCACUGAAGGUGAUCGAUGGGUGAAACAUAGAAAAAUCAUCAAUCCAGCUUUUCAUGUCGAGAAGCUCAAGCAUAUGGUGCCCAAAUUUUAUAUGGGUUGUGCUGAGAUGAUAAAGAAAUGGGAAGAAAGGUUACAAAAUGAAGGUUCGUGCGAAGUGGAUGUGUGGCCUUACCUCCAAACAUUGACACGUGAUGUGAUUUCACGUACAGCAUUUGGUAGUAGUUUUGAGGAAGGGAAAAGAAUAUUUGAACUACAACAAGAACUAUUUGGCUUAGUUCUAGAGACUAUACAAUCCAUCUAUAUUCCGGGAUCAAACUUAUUGCCAACAAAAAGAAAUAACAGGAUAAAGGAAAUAGACAGAGAAAUGAAUGCUUUGAUAACGAGUAUCAUUGAUAAAAGAAUGAUCGCUAUGAAAGCUGGGGAAAAUARUAAAGAUGACUUGUUGGGUGUGCUCUUGGAUUCGAAUUCCAAAGAAAUCAAAAAACAUGGAAGUAGUAAUUCUGGAUUAAGCAUCAAGGAAAUCAUAGAAGAGUGCAAGCUUUUUUACAUCGCUGGACAAGAGACCACAGGAAAUUUGCUUGUUUGGACUAUGGUCUUGUUGGGUCAACACACAAAUUGGCAAGCACGUGCAAGAGACGAAGUUUCACUCGUCUUUGGGAAGGAAAAACUGAAUAUCGAUGGAUUAAGUCGUCUUAAAAUUCUUAACAUGAUCUUCAAUGAGGUUCUUCGGUUAUAUCCGUCAGUGGCAACACUAGGAAGAAUGGUAAAUGAAGACACCAAAUUAGGAAACAUAAUUUUACCAGCGGGAUCUUACGUCUUUUUACACAUCUUGCUGAUGCACCAUGACGAGGAAAUAUGGGGGGAUGAUGUGAAGGAGUUCAACCCUGAGAGAUUUUCCGAAGGUGUGUCAAAAGCAACCAAGGGACAAUCAUCAUACUUUCCAUUCGGUGGGGGGCCACGUAUAUGUGUCGGACAAAAUUUUGCUUUCCUUGAAGCAAAAAUGACACUUGCUAUGAUUCUACAAAACUUUAGCUUUAAUCUAUCUCCGUCAUACUCUCAUUCUCCGCAUACCWUCUUAACUCUUCAACCUGAGUUUGGAGCUCAUUUGAUGUUCCAUAAACUUUAAGCAACUUAUAUUUGAUGAAAACAUGUUUCCCUUUUAUUUUGUUUGAAUUGUAUGCGACUACAAUAUAAUAAGGUUUGGCAAAACCAUUUAGAC